AACAACAGAAAAAAAAAGGAUGAGUGAGCAAUUCGAUGUCCGACAAAAUUGCGUAGAGGUUCAUCGGCUUGGUGAUCGAAUCUAUCGUUUUGAUAAGCGAUAAGGAGUCUGAUCCGAGUAUAGUAAUUCAUACGAGGAAAUUAUGGACCCUGAGAUCAACAUUUUCUCUGAGAAAACAUAUGAGGAAAAAGACAACAAAGGCUUCGAAUGCACAGCUUAAAACUGAUCACAGUCGGAAUGCAAAAGAGAGUCAAUUGUGUUAGGGACAUGAUGAGAUAUCAUGUGCCUGUUGGGAGGUGGAGAUUGUUCGGGUCCGUGAUAUGAUUAUUAUCUUACAUGGUCCAGCUCCAUUAAAGUGAGACAACCGACUAUUCAUCAAUUAUUUUAUGAAUUUAUAAACUAUAGUCUUUUUACAUAUAUUUGACAACCAAAAAGUUACCAAAUUUCCCUGUAUGGUCAAUUUGAACCAAAAAAAAAAAUUCUUCAAAAUCAAAACCUGAAUACAUCAAAAGAGGCCUUUCCUUUCUGCUAUACAGAUUAAAAAGCGUUGUCGCAAAAAGGGAAAUAAAAUAAAAAGUUUCUUUUGUCUUUUCUUCUGUAUCCACAAAAAAAAAAAAUGGCGACUGUUCCUGACACUGAAGAAUCGAGAACUGUUGUCGAAGAAGAUCACGAGCACGACUCGUUGAAGAAGCUAGCGACCUCAUUUCUAGGCCUGAGCUUCUCGGUGAUGCUAGCUCACCUCCCCAGCGACGCGCUGUCCCUGGUCCCGCGGCUGAGGACGGAGGUCGACGAGCUGAAACAGCGGCUCGCGGCGGCGGAGGAGCAAGUCCGCCAGAUGAAAUGUCGGCGCGUGGAGGACUCGAAAGCGAACGCGCGCGUGGUGGAGAUCUUCGCCAGCAACAGGAACGCGUGGCAGGAGGAGGAGAAGCGUCUGCAGAACCGGAUUCACGAGAUGGAGGAGGAGAGGGAGGAGUUCGUGGACAGGAUACGCGAGCUGGAGAGAGAAGUGGGCGAGAGGGAUGAGAUGAUUGGGUUUAUGUCGAGAAGAGGGGUUCAGGAAGAUGAUGAUUCCACCGAAGGUUACGGUGCGGAUCUCCACACUGUAUCUUUUUCUCCCCCUACAGCUUAUCCAAGCUCUCAUCAGUUGUGGGCGGAGUCUCACAACACUAACCCUUUUCAGGAUGUAGAGUAUGAAUCUUUGGAAUCUAUGUACCAUAUGAAGCAAUUUGUGCCAAGGGAAUCACCAUGGAAGAUAGAUAGUGAAGCAACAGGUGUUUCUGCCAAGCUGAGGUUACUAGAAGAGGAACUAGUAAAUCUUGAGAAAGUUUGUCCUAGUGACAUUUCAAAGGUCUCGUCUUUGUUGAGAAAACAGGCAAAUAGGUAUCAAGCUCUCUCAGGGAAGAUCGAUGAUCUAUGCAGAAGAAUGAGUAGUGAUCCUUGCGAUGCGACACUAGGACCCGAGUUCAGGACACAAAGACAAACCGAGUUUCUGCUCGAGUGUUUCAGAUUUCAGCAGCGAGCAUCAGAGACGGGGCAGAAGCUAGUUGCAUUGCAGACGGAAAUCACAAGGAGCAACCAAGGAGAUCAACUUAACCAAGCCAAGAUGAACACAAGAAGGUCACUGGAUUUGAUCAAGAACAACUUGAAAGAAGUUCAGAGAAACCUCGAGAUUUGGCUGGCUAGGAUCAUUGGAGAUCUCGAAGGCAUACUUGCUAGAGACGGUGCUUCGCGUGUAAGAGAAUUCUACGUUGCCCGUUACCCUUUUGUUCAGUAGAAUCAGAACAUCUCUGUUCUGUACCUUUUUAAGUCUAAUUCGCUGUUUUUUUUAAUUGUUUCUUUUGCUUUUGAGAAGUUUUAUAUGUUCUGUAACCGUAGUUAACAUGCAAAAGAUCACUGUAGAAAUCUAGAUUCGGGCUGAUGAAUAAACAGAUUGUGUAAUAACU